AUGGGGGGGUCCCUGGGGUCCCUGGGGUCCCUGGGGGCCGCCCUGACGCUGCGGGGCGCAGCGGAGGGGGCCCCCCCCGCGGUGGCGCUGACCCCCAACGCCUCGGGGCGCUUCGAGUCGCGGUUCGCGGCCGUGCGGGUGGAGCCGGGCCCCGCCCUGAUGCUGCGGGGGAUGGCGGGCGCCUGCCUGGGCGUCUGGGUGGCCCACGGGGAGGGCCGGUUCCAGUUCCGGGACGCCGGGGGGCUGGCGGCGGCGCUGGGGGGGGGCCUGGUCCCCCUGCGCUACGUGGAUGAUAUGGGGCGCCCCACAACCGAGUACCCCCUGAACCCCAACGGCUCGGGGGGGGCGGUGGCCGCCCUGUGCUCCCCCUGCGGCCGCCACCUGGCCGUCAUGCCCCACCCCGAGCGGGGGGUGCGGCCCUGGCAGUGGCCCUGGUGGCCCCCGCUUUGGGGGCGCCCCACGGCGGGGGGCGGGGAGGCCCCCUGGCUCCGCAUGUUCCGUAACGCCUGCGAGUGGUGCCUGCGCUGGCCCCACGGCGAGCCCUGAGACCCGCGGACGGACCCACGGACAGACCCACGGACAGACCCAUGGACAGACCCACAGCAAGCCCUGAGACCCACGGACGGACCCAUGGACAGACCUGACCCACAAACAGUCCCACAGCAAGCCCUGAGACCCAUGGACAGACCUGACCCACAGACAGACCCACAGCAAGCCCUGAGACCCACGGACGGACCCAUGGACAGACCUGACCCACAGACAGACCCACAGCAAUCCCUGAGACCCACAGACAGACCCACGGACAGACC